AUAAUACAAAUUUAUUUUAGUUGACAUCUCAUUUACAGCAGACAACAUUGUAUUUAUAUGUAUUAAUGAAUUUAUGGUUUCAUUUCAUGUCAACUAUACUCCAAUUUAUUUAUUUAAAUCCUACAAUAACUAGUAAUAUCUUCCGCUUUCCCAAACAAUUAUCCGAAUUAUUUAUUUUUGCACAAACUCGGUAGAAAAGUUCUCAUAAAAAAAAAACUAUUACAAGAAAUAUUGCAACAAUUAGUUGUGUGAGCAAAAUCAGUUAAAAAUGGAGGCAGGAUUUCGUAAACAGACAGAUUUAAGUAAAAGAUUAUUCAAAAGAACAUCAAAUGGAAAUUCAUUAUAUAAUAAUCUGCCCAUGGGAAUCGGCGGCCAUUACGAACAAAAGACCAUCGCAGUCGACGGAACAAUCGGGAAGCGUGAGAUAUUUUCGACACAUUUCGAGCGGACCUUCUUCAGGACCACUGGCCAAUUGGGAGCCCUGUUGCGAGAAGGUUAUUGGGAACCGAACUUACGCGAAAGAAUCAACGGCGCUCAGUUGAUCGGUCGUCAAGACCUGAGCAAUACUUUCGGCGAUGUGGUGGUGCUCGCCAGAGGUCAGCUGUAUGCCAUUCACGGCGGCAGCUUUAUGUUAUUACAGGAUCCCUAUCAAAACGACUGCGACGACUGUCACAAUCCCAGACGAUGCGAAAGACACGAUUGUCAGCCGUAUACGCCUCACAACCGUGAAAUACUGGUCGCCCUGUGGACGGUCAAGCGGUUGAGGCAUCGAGACGUCGACAGAACACGCUUCGAACUCGAAUACAUCAUCAAUCCGGUGAACGCCGAAAACGACCAGAUCAUUAUGAGACGAAAUCGUUUUAAUUACGCCAUUCCUGGGCAUGUGUUCGUCAUCAGAAGCAGCGAACCCAACAAAAACUACCCGGAAUACUACAACAGAAAGAUAGUUCAAACUCAAUUCAAACCGGAAGUCAUACUCGGAGUCGACUCCGAUGGCCACAAACACGUCUUAUACAGCUACCCGGGUUUCAUCACUACAGCGCCUCAAGUAUCUACCAACGAAAUAACAACUACAACUCCUGGAACAUUCGCAACUCAAUUAACCACGAACUUAACCGAAGAAUCGGAGUUAUACAAGAAGCUACUCGAAAUACUAGCUUCUAAAACGAGUACGACGCUAAAUCAGGAAGGACCGCACAGAUUUUCUUUGAACAGAGCUUCUGAUACAAAUCAAUCAAUAACAACUCCUUUAAUACCAGAAACCACUAGCAUUCCUAUAAGUGACAGAAAUCUUCCAAUGAGUCCAACAACUACUAAAGCAACAGUGCACUACUUUAUGCCGACAGGUGAAGAAGUUUUAAUGACGGAAAUGCAGACACCUUCCACUUCAACUGAGAGAGUAACACCGAAAACUACAUUAAGCACGACUGAAAGAUCAACUACCACUGAAAGAUCGACCACUAAGCCAACAAAGAAAUAUUACAGUACCAAAGCAAGCUCUAAACCAAAGAUUACUAAAUUUACCAGUCCAUCAACGACUACAAGUACUACUACUACAACUUCUACUGCAAAAACUAUGUCGACUACAGAAAUGAUUACUACACCUACACCUACAAGUACUACAACAACAACAACCACUAUCCCUACUACUACAAAAACGAAAUACACCACCAAAUCAAGAUUCAAACCUUCAUCACAAAAAUCUACUACCACUUCUAGCACUACAAAAACAUCCAGUUUCUAUCCGAUAUAUAGAAAACCUACGCCGUUCUCUUUCAGUACUUCCAAACUUCGGCCUGUCACGACAGAAAGAAUGUCAACUUCGAAAUUAACAACAACGGAAAAGACAACUUCAAAGUUAGUCCCUACAGAAAGAAUGUCAACAACGGAAAAGACAACUUCAAAGUUAGUACCAACAGAACAAGCGACGAUACCUACCACGACUGCUUCUUCUACAACGACUGCUGAAACGUUAACUACAACUGAGUCGAUAAAGCAGCAAACUUUACCUAAAAUGCCAACAUUGCAAACGCCAACAGUGCCUAUGAAAUCAGAAGAAACUACAAUUAGUAGUACUAGUACCGCUAAAUAUACCCCGAUACCGACGACAUUGAAUGUACCUUUAAAUCCAACAACAGGGCAAAAAUAUACCGUUACUGAAUCUCUUGAAGAAGAACAAUCUUCUUCUACUGAACCGAUGAAAGCUGCGACGGAAGCACCAACGACUAUUGAAGAAACAGAAAUACCAACACCAACACAAGAUACUACAUUGGUGCCUAAAGAAACGAUUGGUACGACUUUAAUAAGCACUACUAGUACUGUACAAGAAUCAACAACGCAAAUUCCAUCUUCAUCUUUGACAACUUCUUCGGUACCAACAACUUUGCCUACUGAGAAAUCUAGUACCACCGCUAUGCACAGUACUACGACGGAAAGUGACUUUUUAACGGAAGCGGAACCUUAUAAAGGACCUUUGUACAUCGGAACAGUCAGAAAUGAUUACGAAUUAGACGAUAUUUUCGGUACCACCAAAUCCACAGAGAAACCAAGUACCACAUCAACCGUAGCGCAUACAGAAUCAGACAUUUCUCAUCAGUUAUUCGAUGAUAAAAAACCGGAAAAGGCUAAAAUAAUAUUUUCAAAUUUUUACGAAGCUAGUACUACCAGUAUUAAUCUAGAUACGACCACAAAUGAUGAUUCCAAUAAAGAUUCAUCAUAUAUUACCAGUCAAAGCUACGAAACCUCGGUCAGCUACGAGGUCAACAAGAGGAACCAACCAGAAUAUGUUCCAGAUUUAACAACUAUAGCUGGAAUAAAAGUGAUUACUACGAACAAGCCCACUGUAAAGGGUGUGGAAUACAAACACAACCGCUCUAAAUUAUUACAUUACAAACCAUCGAAAAUCACCAAAGCCGAUGUCAAGCAAAUGCCUAGCAACGGUACCGAAUACGUCAUUUACAAAGCGGAGUACCCCAACGAAGUUGAAAAUAACACCCAAAGUACUAUCAAAGAUGGUGAUAGUGGCCAAACGAAGACGACCAAAGAAAUGUUCGAUGACGUAGCUUUAAUGUUGGUUAAUCACGCUAAAAGUUUGGAGUAUCUGAGCAAAGUUGAGAACAGAACGGUGAGAGUGAAGUAUAGACGAAGGAAGACUUACGUGCCGAGGGCUAGAACUACUAGAAAACCGGUAAGAAAGGUGAAGAAAGACGAAACUUAAUAGUAAUAUUGGAAGCAAACUUGCUUUCAUACGCUAGCGGAAGAUGCUGCCCUUAAUUAAACAAAAGUUCAUUUUUCCAUAAAUAUAGUAAUUUGUUAAUAUUUAACACGAGGGCGUAGUAAUCUCUUUACGAAUCCAAGACGGCGUCGAUGAUCACAAAACCAUAAAUCACGUCAUAAUCACGAAUCUACUCAUUACUUUUAAAUUAUUUAAAAAUUAAAUAAAAAAUGAGCAUAACAUAUUGUAUUUAAAAUGUAUUGUUGACAUACCGAUACAGGGGAUUAAAAAUAACACCAGAAUAAUUCAUAUAGGAAAUAAUGCUGAGCUAAUAAUAACUUUUUCCUAAGAUGAGACUACAAAUACGUGUAAACAUAUUUUUAGUACAAUUUGGCAACAUUGCUUACGUUUAUGUUAUACAGAAAUAUGCCCUUUUUAAUUUAUUUAUACAAUGUUCAACAUAAUCUACCCAAUUAUAAGAACUAUAGAACAGCUUAAUCGACUUUAUGUGGUUAGUUUAAAUGUCCUCACAUAGCAGAUUUAAAAAUAAUUUAAAUGUACAAUUAUUGUAAAUAUAUUAAAUUUGUAUUAUUUAUGAAAUAUAUUUUUUCUACAAGUACUUGUAACCUUUUAAUUUCUUAAACCUUUAAUUAAAUUUGAGAUGCAAAUACCCGAAAAAUUAACCGAAAAUGUGUUAAAAUAAAAAAUAUAUUAAGUAUAAAAAAUAUUUUAAAAAAAAUGUUAUCUAUGAAAUUUUAAUGUACUCACUCGCUGCUUCUUGAGCAUACUUGUAGUCCGGCUCUGGUUUUUCUGGAAUAUAUUUUGAAAAAGUCGGCGGCAAAAUUUCUCUAAUUC